AUGGGCAGAAGUGGAGGGAUGGACCGGCAGAUAUGGACGGGGGAGAAGGGGGAACACGGGGCGCGUGCGACAGCGAGGAGGUCAGUGGGGGGGGAGAAGGCGAAAGAGCGAGGCGAGGAGGAAAAUCGGGAAGAUGGAGGUGCGUGGGCGAAAAGGGCACAGGAGCGAUCUUAUAUAGAUUUUCGGGAGGUCCACGAUGAUGUAACUCAGGGCGGCGAGGUCGAGCGGCGCCAAACCCGAAGGGGCGACGGCAGCACCGACAUGGCCAAUGGGCGGGCUCGGCGAGGUCAGGCCAGGCCAGGCCCGUUCCGGGAGGGGCGACCAGGGGCGAGGCGGGCGAGGGCCGGGUGCAGCCGUGUACUCACCGUCCGAACGUUUACUUUUUAA